AUGGCAGAAAAGAAAUUUAACGGAGCUCCGUUCGGUACACAGACAGCAAGGUUUGAUGUGUCUGGAGUUCAUCCAAAAAGCAAAUAUCCCGGCACAUUUACAGAAAUUCCUUAUGACAAAAAAUCUAUUGAUGUACUGAAUCGCCGACUUGGACCAGGAUCCUACAAGGUGGACCAUGGUGGCUUCAGCACCAAAUCUGUUGAAGAACGGUCAGCAGGACCAGGCUGGGCACGCGCCUAUGAGGUGGAGAGAAUGGCAGCCUUACCUCACCUCCUGCACAAAGAUCAAUGGGAACUAAAAAAAAUGCUGGCAAGAAAACUUGGUCCUGGCUCAUACGACAUCAAGGAUUUCUUGCAGCAUGGUGAUGAAAAACCAAGGAGCUACCGAGGAAUCUGUCAAACUUUGUCACAUCGCUUCAAGGACCAAUCAGUGGAUGACACACCAGGGCCGGGGACAUAUGGAGAUGGGGGUGUUCCUCAUGCUGCCAUCAUCCAAAAGGAGAAGAAAUCAGCCAGUACAGUUGGCAUGUUGGACGCUGGAUCAUCAACACCGAGAAAUCUUCCCUCUGUGGGAUCGGAACUGGGACCCGGUACAUACAACUUUAAAAGUUUCGUGGAGGAGCGAGUAAACAAAGUUACAAGUCUACGUGGCCCAUAUGACUUAUUCUCCGGGGAUAGAAACAAACCAAUCACAGUAGGACAUCUAGCAGCACCUAAACUAGCCAAUCUGGGACCAGGGCAAUAUGAUUUACAAUCGUUUGUGGACGAUCUGAAGACAAUUCACAGGAAACGUCAGGGCAAGUUUGGUAAGGUGAAACAACCGCCAUCUAAAGCAACAGAGAGAAUUUUCUGUCACACUCUCCCACAGUGUCCGAAAGAGGAGUCCUUCCCGGGACCUGGCAGUUAUGAACCAGCAGAAUUGUCCAAACCAGGAUCUAAGAAUGCACCAGGAUUCUUAUCAACUGCACAGAGAAACGAUAAGAUGUCUCAAAGGUUCUUCACUAGAAAUUUCAACCCUGUGGGACCCGGUCGAUAUGACAUCCAGAAAUGGGAGGAAGCACAACAUAGAAAUGGAAAUGACAGUGUGUUCAAGUCACGAACAGGCAAACUUAACGCAGCCAUGGAAAAAUUCCUCAAGGAACGAGUUCGAGCCAAGGAUGUACGAUUAGAAGACAGAGUAUUUAUAGUAACACCUGAACCUCCAGAAGGUUAUAUGUUACGUACAAAAGAACAGAUGAAUUUUGCCGCACGGAAAGCAGCCACCGUGGUAUAA